UACCGCCCGCCUGGGACGCGGCGCGCGCUCGCGGGAAGACGCCAACAUGGCGGGGCGGCCCGGGGGCUCCGCGUCGCAGUCCACCGUGCGGGACCGGGCGGCUCCCAAUGUGGUGACGCGGGUCUCGCAGUGGGCGGACGAUCACUUGCGCCUCGUCCAGAACAUCAGCACUGGGAUGGCCAUCGCUGGAAUAAUGUUAUUUCUAAGAAGUGUUCGACUGACAUCAAAAUUUACAAGAUCUGCAGAUAUUCCAGCAGAAUUUAUAAGAAAAAAUGUUAAAUUACGUGGUCGAUUACACCGGAUAACUGAGAAUGGUUUCGAAAUUGAACAUAUUCCUAUUACUUUACCCAUUAUAUCUUCAUGGAGAAAGGAACCAUAUGGUGUUUUGCUGGUUAAACUGGCUGGGGUAGAGCUCACUGAAAGUGGGAAGAUAUGGUUACAAAAAGAGCUCAAAGUUUCCCAACAAGUAUGGUUCCAACUUCUUGGAAAGGAGAAUUCAACACUCUUUUGCUACAUUUUAGUGAAUAAGGGUGGAUAUUUUAACAUGAAUCUGAAUGAAGAAAUUUUGCGAAGAGGCCUGGGUAAAACUGUUCUUGUUAAAGGAUUGGAUUAUGAUUCCAAAACUUACUGGACAAUUCACAGAAAAUUACUUAAAGCUGAAUUAACAGCCGUAAAAAAAGGAGAAGGAAUAUGGAAAGAAGAAUCUCAAAAAGAAAGUUAUUUGGAAAAAUUCAAAGAAAUAUUGAAAAAAGAAAAUUUAAAAGCAACUGGAUCAGAUUUCAACUUGAAAAAAGGAAGUUAUGACAGAUUCAGAAGAACUUAUGAAGCAUGGAAAGACAGUAUGAGUAACUACUCCUUAAUACUGAAAUUCAGAGAAUUUAUUAGUCGCUUACAUUUUCGUAGGAAAGGGUGAGAUAUCCAGGAGGUCUAGAGGUGACUCUUCUCAAAAAUAAAACAUGGACAUGGACAUUUUUCAAUGAGUCCACAGAAAAAUUUCCGGAAAUGAUAAAGGUUGAAUUCUAAUGGUAUUUAAGCAUGAAAAAGAUUGUGAUUAGUGUAAUACCAGAAUUCAUUUAAAGAUGAUGCAACAUGCUUUUAGGGACAAUGAAAUAUUAUAAACAAAUUGCCAGAACUGAAUUUGGUGGCACAUACGUGUAAUUAAAGCACUCUGAGAAGAAGAGGCAGGAGCAGCAAAGUUAGAUUUCAACUGGGCAAUUUAGAGACUUAGUGAGACUCUGUCUCAGAAUAAUACAAAAAAGGACUGGGUUCAGUCCUCAGUGCUGCCUCACUCCCGCCCCUUACCAGGCUGUAUUUAUUUAGUAUCAUUGUUUGGGAAGAAAAUCCAACUCUUUGGCGCUGUGUGAUACUAUUUUGAGCAGCUGUAUUUAAUUUUUGUUCAAGAAUAUUUGCUUUCAUUAUUUAUAAUAAAGGAAUUAUUUAUAUUCUA